CGUGUAAUUAUCAUGUACCUACCUUCAUGCAUUUUCGCCGAGCGUUCCCGGUCUUGUUGAAUCAACCAUCAGUCACGAUGCAUGAAGAGUACAUAGAUACGACUCACGUAUGGCCGGAUACGCGUGAGGUUGACAGCCUGACAGGACGAAUGAUGUCACGACUACGUAUUUUCUGAACACAGCCGAUGAUACCCGAGAAGAUUACCACGUGACAGCGGACCGAACGUGACUGAACGUGGGCAAGAUUGGUUAACCGUGUUUACGACUGUGACUGUUUACAACGUUCUGUUUUAUGUGCAUCGAAGAACUAUUAAUAGACAAGCAAAACAGUACUGUUUAGCACCUCUCUUCUGCAAAGUGGCUUGCAAUCUGCUUCUGGCUUUAAAAGUCGACGUGUCAUGCAGUGUCUCGCAACAUUUUCGUGCGCACAAGUCCUCGAGUAUUCAUAUACGCUUCUUGAAAAUGUCGGUUAUUAAUUAUUUCGUUAUCGUGCGUCCCUUCAAGCCGGGCGACGAGAUACGUUGCAAGCAAUUAAUAAAAGACGGCGUGAUGUGCUCGCGCAGCGCCACGUUUCGCGGGAUAUUGUUGAAGGAAAUAGUUUUCAUGCUAAUGAUCAUGUCCUUCGCGAUUAGCUUUAUCUUCUUCGGGAUGUCGGUGACCAAUUGCUUCCUCGUUAUACCCGUGGUCGGCUUCCUGGUGUACGUCGUUACGUACCUAAGCUUCGCCAUAAAGUUGGCGGAAAUUAAUGAAGAGAUAGCCAACAUCUCGAGGGUCUACAUGUCCAAUAUGUUCUCAUGCUUUUGGGUCGCAGAAGCGUACGAGCCGUACUUGAUGACAAAGCAUCCAAAGGAAAUUACAUACAUUGUGACGACAGAAGAAAAAUUUAAUCAGAUGACAAAAUUUGAUCAGAACACAAAUGUUGCUCAGUUAACCAAAAAGAUUGUGGGGACCGUUAGCUUGUCCAAGCAUCAGAAGUUAAAUGGCAGCGCGUGGAUAAAAAGGCUGUAUGUGCACGAGCAGUAUAGGAGGAAAGGUAUCGCGACGUGCCUGCUUAAUGUCGCUGUGGAGUUUGCUGUUAAAAAUCGCUACAGAUAUGCAGAGAUAGUGGCCUCCGAGUAUACGGAAGGAGGUAAAGAAUUGUGUCGUAAGAACGAUUUCCAAUUGAAGCAGAGGUAUCAUAAGCAUGUCCUAGGACCAUUCGUAACGAUAAUAAUGUCUAUAUAUACGUUUCCAAUAUUUGGGAGAGUUAAAUGCACGCCUUGAUGAACAACGGAUCAAUGAGAUUGGUCGCAUCAGCAUAGACGUUGCGAUGAAGUGUCUAACGAGACGAGUUUCUUGAGAAACGAAUAAGACUGAUGAGCGAGAAUAAAUGAGACUGCGUUCCUUGUGUUGCGCAAAAACAAAUAUUGAAUUUUACCUCAAUGAUACACUUAGCAUUAGGUAAUUUUAUUUAAUAUACUAUUACUCUUUUAUUUUAAUUUUAUCUUUUAUGUUAUGUUUUUAUUUUUCCAUAAAAUAUACGUUAUAUACAAAUUCCAAAUGCUACAUACAUAGAUAUAUAAUAUUAAUAACAGAAUAUAUAUAUAUAUAUAUUUAUAUAUUUAUAUAUUUAUAUACAUGUCAUGCAUGCAUAAAGUUGUAUAUGUGAUAUGCAAGCUGUGGAAAUAAAAUAUAUUUUUUCACA